ACUAUUGCCAUUAUAUCUCGAGAAUUUUGUUUAUCUGGUAUAAUUCAAACCCAAGUUAUGAGGAUUCAAAAAAACGACGAAGCGCUUCGAGAAAAGGUAGGUACUACCCUUGCGCUUCGCUUUUCCCGUCUUGGCGGGGGCACUACCGUGCCCCCAGAUUUCAGGCGAUUAUAAUAUUAUUUUCCAUAUAAAUAUAAUGUAGAAAGUGGCCCUAAAAUAUGUAGCUGUUUGCUCAAUAGGAGGGCAUAUUUAAAUAAUAUAGUUACAAAUCAAGUAUUAGUCAGAUCUUAUCGGUAGCCAUACGACAUUUUUUUGGGUUCUUUUCGUAUAACGAAGAAACAGAAUAUCAAUAAGUAUUUAAAAAUAAAGUAGUUACACAUACAAUUUAUCGACAUAGCAACGCUAUGAAAAUUCAUUUUUUUAACACGAGCCUUAAAAAGAGAGUUUUGUCAAGUCCCAGUUAAAUUGCUCAUAAUAAUUUAAAGCAAAGGCAUCUUGUCGACGCCAACAUAAUACCACUUAAGUGUUAACUAAUGAAAACAAAUACCUCUCGAUGCAGUUUCGAUUCAAUUAGUAAGGCUAACAGAAUCGAAUGAGAGUUAUUCGAUCCACGCCAUGGGAUUGACAGUAACCGGUAGCUUUGAUCAAAGCGCCGACGAAUAAAACAAACUAUCGGUAAGAAGUGUAAUUCAUAGCAUGCUUAUAACCCCCGCCUCAUUCUAUUAAGGCGUAUGUGUUUACAGGUUCUAAUAUAGUUGAGCCUUUUGCAAAAGCAUAUGACAGUAGGCCUAAUUGAUGAUGACUGCGGUUCGGUCUGUCACCGCGGCGGCUUCGCUCACACGAACACAUGCAACUUGAAAACUCUAAAUAUUUUAAUGAAUUAAAAAUAUUUAUGUUUAUCCACGUUCAUAAACUUUAUAAAUAUUGGUAUUAGAGAAAUGUGAAUUAAUGCGAUGCACGGGGUAUGUCGCAUUACCUGCCACUUGGAGCGUUUGAGAAAGCGAGGCAUGUGCUACAGUUAUCGCAAGUUUCAUCUGGCUUUAUUUACGAUACAGGAAAUUUACGUGAUAAUUUGAACGACAUGAUAAUGAUGAUGAUGUAAUGAUGAAGAUUCUGAAAACAUGGAAUAUAAAACGCAAGAUUAAUAGUAGAUACAUUAAAAUACAAGUGCGAAAAAAAGGAAAUAACGAAAAACCGAAGGUAGUGCUUUAAAUCGACACAAGUUCCGAAUUACCUAUUUACACGUGUAUCUUUCAACGUUUUACAGUACACAUGGCCUUUUUAACGAAAUUACUGCAUUUGUGCGGUAAAGUAGCACUAUACGUACUCUACCUACAUGUUUUUUUCAUGUGACAUGUAUUGCUUAGAAAAACCAUUCUUAUUUUUUUUGAUAUUUCUACAACGAAAUGAUUUUCCAACGAACUCAGUCCGUCGAUUGUAAGUAGAGCAUCCUUUAGAGAGAACUCUAUACUCUACGGAUUAUUAAUUAAUCAAUCAAUCGAAAACUUUGCAGAUUCAUUUAUGUAGUUGUUAAAGUAAAAAAUAGUAAGUAAGUAAAUAAACUUUAUUGCACCACAAAAGAAAAAUUCAAUAACAGAUUUACAAUGUAAAUAAAGGUAGCAACAGGCGGUCUUAUCUGUGAGCGAUCUCUUCCAGACAACCUUAGGGUAGCAGGAAAUAAAGAACAUAAAACUUUAGAAACAGGUAGUGCACGAAUACAUUACAGGAAUAAGAAGAUUACACAUUACAAUUAAAUAAAUACGUACCUACCAAUAGGUACAACCAAAUACUUAAAUAUAUAUCAGAUACAUAUAUAUAAAUACAUACAUACAUACAACAUAUAUAUAUAUACAGCGACACACAAAUAAUGCACCUACAUUAUUUUAUACGUCUUUGGAGCGAUUACAAAAUCAAUAGGUCCAGCGAGCUACAAAAUUGCAUGGAGAUAUUACUAAUGGAUUAAUUACAUAAAAAAUGGCCAUGUAAUAUUGCCACUGGGUGUAAACUUUAUCUAAAAGAAAUAUGCUUUUCUAUACCUCUCUUUUCUACGGGUUUAUUAUACGAGUAAGAAACAACGGGGGCCAAAAAACGUUUCGAUUUAACGAAAACCAUUUGUAUUAUUAUAAAUUAUAUUUCUUCAACUAUAUAUAACAUGACAUCUAUGUGAAUAAUUAGAAUCCUUUCAGGGCCGUAAUGAUCUCCCUCUAACUCCCUUCCCUUUAGAUAAGGAAUCCUAAUAAAAGUUAUUUCUAAGAUUACAUAAAUAAAAUAUUUUAUCCCUUAAAUGCAUGUUUUUUUUUAUUAUUGUUCCAAAUUAUUAUUCGAUAUAUAUUAGAAAAAUAUCAGAGAAAUCAGUGUUAGAAAUUGCUUAGGCUAAAUCGUAUUUAUGUAAAUAUAUAAUUUUUAGUAAGAGAUCUAUGAAAAAUCUUACUACCAUCAGAAAAAGUUGCUCAGUAUGACCUAUACAUAUAUGUAUAUUCACCCCGUAAAUUACGACUAAAGAACCACCCUAUAUUUACAAUUACAAUUAAGUUCAGGUGCUUAUACAAUACAAACAUUGUUUUAAAAAUCUUUUAAACAACAUAUUAUUCAGUUAAAACUUUGUAUAGUAAUGUGUUACUUCUAAGAGUCACUUAUUGUAAUUUAACUGUAACGAUUCAUAAAAAAAUAUCAAUUUACAAUAUUCAGUGGUCAAAACAGAAAAAACUGAGCACGCGUUGCUCGCUCUCGACCACGGAGCGGCCGCCUCACUACCCCAGGUACGGACCCGCACGUACUGGAGGGAAGGGAUGAUCGAAAAUAAUAGGGGAAGAGAAUUUUAAAAUUUAUAUUUUUUGCAGCCGGCGCAGGUGAUAUAACGCGUGCCCGUGCGCCGGCGGCUCACUUAAACGCGAAGCUCCGCUCCCGUCACUCGCUUUCCAAGCUCCCACGCAACUUUUAUCGCUCAGUGCUUUUCUGGCCGUCGCGCGGACUGACCGCGCGCCCUUCUCCCGCGAACGACCGCGGCAAUACGAUGCUACAAGAAAUACAACUCGUCCAGGGACAAACGAACUUCGUCGUGUUGUCAUCGGGCUACCCGUCUAGUACUACAUCGAAGAACACGAUGGAAAAGAGGAAUAUACCAAUUGCGCCUGCUCCUGAAAAAAAUUACGUUACGCACGACACUCCACCGAAUAUGCAGUAUAGGAAAAAAGUUCACUUCAGAACGAAUCCUUACACUGGACCGCAGGCCGCGUCGAUAGCUCGCCGCAAUGCUCGAGAGCGCAAUCGUGUGAAACAAGUGAAUGAUGGAUUUAACGCACUUCGCCGUCAUCUCCCCGCUUCCGUAGUAGCUGCGUUAUCUGGCGGUGCGAGACGCGGUUCGGGGAAGAAAUUAAGUAAAGUAGACACUUUAAGAAUGGUCGUCGAGUACAUAAGAUAUCUUCAACAGUUACUGGACGAGAGUGACGCAGCUUUAGGAAUAACUCGUGAUCAAGAAAAUAGAGAAAACAUUCCGAAUGGCAAUACGCAGCCAAUGACUUCGUUAGACUUGGACGAUGGUUUCUUCUACGGCAGCAGUUCGCCUUGUUCCGAGAAGCCGGACUCACCAGCCCCCUCCGAGUGCUCCUCAGGUGUAUCUUCGGCAUAUUCUGCGGUAGACAGAUACGAAGUGACCACGCAGCAGCAACUAGGGCCUAUGGAUGAAGAUGAGUUACUUGACGUAAUCUCGUGGUGGCAGCAGAAAUAGCAAAUAGAACUCUCGAUCGUGAGAACGUACAAAAGAACGAAUCCCUCCGGUAUAUAUAUGCAUUCAUGAUAGUUUGCAUUUAUGUGAAAACAAAAGACUUUUUGGAUCUCUAGUCAAAGACAAGUGCCUUAAUUAAUUAAGCCUUAUCAAUUAGUUAAUAGUAUAACUAUAACAUAAUGAUGUACCUAAUGAUACAAUGAUUAUGCUCGUUGUAGAAAGUAAAGGAACGAAGCUUUGUAAUUAAUGCUCACCGAUACCGAAAAAAAUGUAAAUACCUAUUAGAAUAAGAUUAGAAAUAAAUUAUUUAUUUAAAGCUGUUA